GCACGCUUGGCCCUGAAUACAUUUCCGGACCAUGGCGUUCCCUCUACCCCGGCCGCAGCCGCCACAGCUUCCCCAUCACUUGCUCCGUACGGUGGACUGUAAGCAGGGAGCAAUAAGAGCGGUUCGUUUCAACGCUGAUGGCAACUACAUUUUGUCUUGUGGCGGCGACAAGACCCUUCGGCUCUGGAGUGCGAGCCGGGGCACUUUGCUGAAGACCUACAGCGGGCAUGGAUACGAGGUGCUGGAUGCUGACGGUGCUUUCGACAACAGCCACAUCUGCUCCUGUAGCUCAGACAAGACGGUGAUCCUGUGGGAUGUGGCUUCGGGACUGGUUUCCCGAAAACUGAGGGGGCACGCGGGGAAAGUGAACUGCGUGCGGUUCAAUGAGGAGGCGACGGUUAUUGUGUCCGGCUCCAUAGAUGGCUCAGUGAGGUGCUGGGACACGCGAUCCAGGAGGCCCGAGCCGAUCCAGGUUCUGGAUGAGGCCCGGGACGGCGUGAGCAGCGUUAAAGUGUCAGAGUAUGAGCUACUAUCAGGCUCAGUGGACGGCCGAGUGCGACGCUAUGACCUUCGGAUGGGGCAGCUGCACGUGGACUUCAUCAACAGCCCCAUCACCUGCGUGUGCUUCAGCCAAGACGGUCAGUGUACCCUCAGCUCCAGCCUGGACUCCGCAGUCAGGCUGCUGGACAAGUCCACGGGGGAGAUGUUGGGAGAAUACACUGGCCACAAGAAUACUUCAUACAAGCUGGACUGCUGUCUGUCCCACAAGGACACUCAUGUGUUAAGCUGCUCUGAGGACGGCUAUGUCUACUUCUGGGACUUGGUGGAGGGCUCUGUGUCGUUGAAGUUGCCCGUAGGGAAAGCGACUGUGCAGUCACUCUCAUUCCACCCUUCAGAGCCCCGCCUACUCACUGCCAUGGAAGGCAGUGUAAAGGUGUGGGGGGCGGAGCCUGAGGACACAGUAGAGGAUCAGGGACAACAGUGACGCUCUGAGAGACGAGAAUUGGCAUAGAAUUGACUAUUUGCAAGCUGUGAGAAGAGUCUUCAUUGCCUAUAUUGUUUUUGUAAUAUUUUAGCAUUUUCACUGUGAAGAAGAAACAUUGUGUUCACAAUUUUCAUAUGGAUUGGGACUAUAUUUCUAUAAGAUUCCGUUGAAAUAAACAAUUUUGUUACACCA